AUGGGUCGUGUUCGUACCAAAACCGUCAAGAAAUCAUCUCGCCUGGUAAUCGAGCGUUACUACUCCAAAAUGACACUCGAUUUCCACACCAACAAGAAAAUCCUUGAAGAAGUUGCCAUCAUCCCAUCUAAGCGUCUCCGCAACAAGAUCGCCGGAUUCUCCACUCACCUGAUGAAGCGUAUCCAGAAGGGACCCGUCAGAGGCAUCUCGCUCAAGCUACAAGAGGAAGAGAGAGAGCGCCGUAUGGACUUUGUCCCCGAUGAAUCCGCCAUUAAAACAGAUCGCAUCGAGGUCGACAAGGAGACUAUUGACUUGCUUGCAUCUCUUGGAAUGAGCGAGCUUCCUGGAAUUGUCCUCAAGGAGGACACUCCGUUGGUUUCCGCAUCGAUACCAGGGGCGUAUGGUGGUGGUCGUGGUGGAUAUGGAGGUGGAGCUGGUAGAAGGUACUGA